CCGUCGCCGCGUCCCCGCCACUCCGAGAAUCCUCCCCGCACCUCUCCUGUGCUCCCUGCGUUCUCGCUGCAGCGCCCACGUCCCCUGAAUUCUCCUGCAACGCCUUGUAUCCCUUCUGCAUCUCCUCUAGAUUCUCCCUGCACUUUCCUGAGUCCCUCAUAUAACCUUUUCGCACCUGUACCCUUCUCCUGCCUUCCCCGACAUCCUCCCCAUAUCCCUCUUCAUCCCCCUGUAUCCUCCCUAAAUCUUCGCACUAUCGCAGCCCCUGCACGACUUCACAUAUUCUGUACCCGCGUUCUGCACCCCUUUCCCACCUCCUGCAUCCCUCCUGCAUCCCCAUACCCAAACCCCGCAUCUGCCCAGCAGCAGAGGAGUCUCCCUGGUCCUCUCCUGCCCCUCACUCCCCUCACCAUAAAGAGGGCCCCCUGUGCCCCUCCUGCCCACAUCCCCCCCAUGUGAGGGGCUUUUCCUCUCUGAGGGGUUGUUCUCCUUGGGGACACACAGGUCAAGUCCCGCAGAUGCUGCUCCUGCAUUUACAGCUGUUGAGUGCGCCCCCAAAGUGUGCUGGUGGGAGGCGGCUCUGGGAAUGGCCUUCACCCCACCAUGGGUGGGGUGUGCCAAACUGGAGAGCAACCUCCUCUGAGCCUCCAGUGCACAUUUCUAACGGGGAUCGCAGCCAUGUCCACAGUGGGGAUACCCGGCCCCCCCAGCGUCCCUCGUCACACCAACCGCCUGAUUAACGAAAAGUCCCCGUACCUCCUGCAGCAUGCCCACAACCCUGUAGAUUGGUACCCUUGGGGUCAGGAAGCCUUUGAUAAAGCAAAGACAGAAAACAAGCUGAUAUUCCUGUCAGUUGGCUACUCUACCUGCCACUGGUGCCAUGUCAUGGAGGAGGAGUCCUUUAAGAGCAAGGAGAUUGGGGAGAUCAUGAAUGAGCACUUUGUAUGCAUCAAAGUGGAUCGUGAGGAGCGGCCAGAUGUGGACAAAGUGUACAUGACCUUCGUGCAGGCCACCAGUGGUGGAGGUGGUUGGCCCAUGAGUGUCUGGCUGACCCCAGACCUCAAGCCCUUUGCUGGGGGAACGUAUUUCCCUCCUGAGGAUGGAGUUCAUCGUGUUGGUUUUCGGACUGUGCUUCUCCAGAUCGCAGAGCAGUGGAAGGAGAACAAAGAUGCCCUGUUGGAGAGCAGCCAGAGGAUUCUGGAAGCAUUGCGACACACAUCAGAGAUCCGUGUGCAGGGCCAGGAGUCACCCCCACCAGCCAAAGAGGUGAUGGACACCUGUUUUCAGCAGCUCUCCAGAUCCUAUGAUGAGGACUAUGGUGGCUUUUCCAAAUCUCCCAAGUUCCCCACCCCAGUGAAUUUGAAUUUCCUGUUCACAUACUGGGCCCUGCACCAAACAACUCCAGAAGGUGCCCGGGCACUGCAGAUGGCUCUGCACACCCUCAAGAUGAUGGCCCAUGGGGGCAUCCAUGACCACAUUGGUCAGGGGUUUCACCGCUACUCCACCGACCAGCACUGGCAUGUCCCUCACUUUGAGAAGAUGCUCUAUGACCAGGGGCAGCUGGCAGCCAUGUACAGCAGAGCCUUCCAGAUCUCUGGGGAUGAAUUCUUUGCUGAUGUUGUCCGAGACAUUCUACUCUACGUCUCACGUGACCUGAGUGACCAGGCAGGAGGUUUCUAUAGUGCAGAAGAUGCAGACUCCUACCCAACCACCACAUCCAGAGAGAAGCGAGAAGGAGCUUUCUGUGUGUGGGCAGCCAAGGAGCUCCGGGCUCUCCUCUCUGAUCCUGUUGAGGGGGCCACAGAGGGGACAACCUUGGGAGAUGUCUUCAUGCACCACUAUGGAGUGGAAGAGGCUGGCAACGUGGACCCUGUGAAGGACCCCUAUCAGGAGCUGAAGGGAAAGAAUGUCCUCAUUGUCCGCUGCCCCCCGGAGCUGACGGCAGCCCAAUUCGGGCUGAAGCCAGGCCGGCUGAGUGCCCUGCUGCAGGAAUGCCAACAGAGACUGUCUUCAGCCCGGGCACAGCGGCCACGGCCACACCUGGACACCAAGAUGCUGGCAGCAUGGAAUGGGCUGAUGAUCUCGGGCUUUGCCCAGGCUGGGGCUGCCCUAGCCGAGCAGGGAUAUGUGAGCAGGGCUGCACAGGCAGCUGCUUUCCUGAGGACACACCUUUUCGACCCAGACAGCGGGAGGCUACUGCGGAGCUGCUAUCAGGGCAAGCACAACUUGGUGGAGCAGAGCGCUGUGCCCAUCCAGGGCUUCCUGGAGGACUAUGUCUUUGUCAUCCAGGCACUCUUUGACCUGUAUGAAGCCUCGCUGGAGCAGGGCUGGCUGGAGUGGGCCCUUCAUCUCCAGCACAUGCAAGACAAGCUCUUCUGGGACCCUAAAGGCUUUGCUUAUUUCUCCACUGAGGCCAGCGAUCCCUCCCUGCUCCUGCGUCUCAAGGAUGACCAAGAUGGAGCAGAGCCCACCCCUAACUCUAUCGCUGUCACAAACCUGCUCCGAGCAGCUUGUUACUCUGGUCAUAUGGACUGGGUGGAAAAAGCCGGCAAGAUCUUGGCUGCCUUCUCAGAGAGGUUGCAGAAGAUCCCGAUAACCCUCCCAGAGAUGGUCCGGGCCACCGCUGUCUUCCAUCACACCCUCAAACAGCUCUGUUUUCUUCCUCCUGCCACCCACCCUCCCCCUGGACAGAUCAUCAUCUGUGGGGACCCCCAAGGAGAAGACACCAAAGAGAUGCUGCAUUGUGUCCACUCUGUCUUCAGCCCAAACAAGGUGCUGAUGGUCGCAGAUGGAGACAACACUGGGUUCCUCUACCGCCAGCUGCCUUUCCUUGCAUCCCUGGAGAGGAAGGAUGGGAAAGCCACUGCCUAUAUCUGCAGCAACUUCACCUGCUCCCUGCCUGUCACCUCUGUCCAGGAGCUGCGUGGGAUGCUCAGCCUGUGAGCCCCUCAGUCCUGCUGCCUGUGGGAAGGCAAGAGUGGGACAGGCUGGCAUAGGAACAUGGGAGAACCCCAUAACAGAGGCAACCUGAGGACCAUCCCAGAUGGUUCCUAGCAGUGCAGUGGGGCUGUGCCCUUCCCCAUCUGCAGCAGGUUGGGGUCUGCUUGCACUAUUGCUCCAGCAGCGUCUCAGCACAACUGACUGUGGUCCUGGGUGCUGUUUUUGGUAUGACCAGGAGACAUCCACGGAGGAGCAUCUCCUGCCCCUGUAUACAUGCUUGCUUCUCACCUCUUCUUGCUAAGGAAAAGGAAACCGAUUUAAAUAUAAAUCCCAGUGUUAAUGGAGAAGUCAGAUGGGAAAACUGUUAGGGUUCCUAUGGCAACCCAGGGUAACACUGUCAAAAGCACCUGGAUGACUUAGGAGUCAAGCGCUCUUAAAAGUGUUACUGGCUACAUCAGCUGUGGUAUUUUUCCAUUACAGGAGAUUGUAAUAUACAUUAACUUAAUAUAUAGUGCAUGGAAAAAGAC